AUGCGGAAGGAGGCGCGGAGAGGCAAAGUGCUCGUCUCGGGCUUAAUCGUCCUGUUUUGCGCGCCCGUCACCCUAUCGGGCGACGAACGCACGUGGAUAUACGCGGUGCUCAUCUACACGGGCUGUUCCGUCGCAUUUGCCUGCCUGGUCGUUAUCAUGUGGUCCGACCCUGGUGUCGUGAAGAGAUCGCCGGAACGCUGCUUUCCGCAGCCCAAGUCGAUCAUCGAAGCGCUCAGCGAGAGCAAGGGCGUCAACAAAAUACAGGGGAACGUCAAGGUGGGCGAGCACGUCUUCUGCGGCCGCUGCUUGGUAUGGCGGCCAGCCGGUACGAAAGUGCACCAUUGCUCGAUCUGCAACCGUUGCGUCUAUGGUUUUGACCACCAUUGCGGCGUCUUUGGGAGGUGUAUCGCCGCGGGCAACAUCCGCCCGUUCGGCCUGAUCAUCAUGAUGGGCUUCGCCACCUUUUGGACCUGGCUCGUCUUCCUCUCCUCCGAGUUGCUGUGGGACCUCGGCUUUCAGGGCGGAUACGGCGAGGUGAUUGCUUCCGUAGCGCUCGCUACGUUCUGCACCUGGCUCCUCUUGCUCAUCAUCGUCAAAGCCUGCUGCGUCUGCCCGCACAAGCAAUGA